AUUAAAACAAAAAAACAAACUUUAAAGGAAAAAACAGAGGGAGACUGGUUGGUAGUGAUCGUUGUCGUCUCUGCUACGCACCGUCGCUGGGUCUGUCUUCUCCUCCCCCUCCUUCUUCUUCAUCUUUUUUACAGGUACGAAUCACUUUUCUCAAUCCCUCUCUUCGAAGUAACAACAGCUUCCACUUUCUUGUUUACCGCCAAAAUUCCCAACUCAUCAAUACAUAAAUUUGUUAAUUCCAUUACCUAUUCGGAUUCCAAUUCGAAAUCCCUAGGAUUUUCGAAUUUUAUAUUUGUAAAUUACGCUCAAUUUGGUGGAAAUUGGAAUGAGACUUUGCUUGUACAACCGGCGAUAGCAAAAGUUUGGAAAUUUGGAAAGUACCAAAUGGCAAGUGCUGGCGACGAAGACAACGAUGCGGUGCUUAGUGACGUGGAGGGCGACGAUUCAGUGCCGGUCGCGAUUAAGACUGCAUCGCCAGACGAAAUCUCCGCGGAGCGAUUCCGCGAGCUCGUCGCCGAGCUAGAUCGCGAGCGACAAGCUCGAGAGGCGGUGGAGAAUUCGAAAUCGGACCUUCAAAUUCAGUUCAAUCGAUUGAAGGCUCUGGCUCACGAGGCCAUAAAGAAGCGCGACGAGUGGGGGAGGCAGAGAGAUGAGGCGUUGCGUGAAAAGGAGGAAGCUUCUAAAACCAACGAGAAGGUCUCGGCGGAAUUGGCCGAGUCGCAUAGGGCAAAGGACGAGGCUUUGCAGCAGAGGGAUGAGAUUGCGAAGCAAUUGGACGAGGUGGUGAAGGAGAGGGACGGUUUGAGGUCAGAUAUUGGGAAUUCGACUCAUAUGCUCAUGUCUGGAAUCGAUAAGAUAUCGGGGAAGGUUAGUAAUUUUAAGAAUUUUGGGGUUGGGGGGUUGCCAAGGUCGCAGAAAUACACGACAGGAUUGCCUGCGGUUGCUUAUGGAGUUAUUAAGCGAACGAAUGAGAUUGUGGAAGAGCUUGUUAGACAGAUUGAUUCCACGGCCAAGUCUAGAAACGAAACGAGGGAGCAGAUGGAUCAGAGAAAUUACGAGAUUGCCAUUGAGAUUUCUCAGUUGGAGGCCACGAUUGGUGGUUUGAGAGAAGAGGUCGCGAAAAAGACCUCCAUUGUUGAGAAGUUAGAGAAGAGUAUGGCAGAAAAGAAUGGCAAAGUGUCGGAGAUUGAACGGGAGAUGGAGGAGAAGUUGAGUAAGGCUGAGAGUGAGGUUUCAGAGUUGAAGCAGUUAGUUGGAGAGUAUGAUGAUAAGUUGACGAAUUUAGACUCGAAAAUGGAAGCACAGAGGCCUUUACUCUUUGAUCAGUUGGAUUUGGUUUCGAAAAUUCAUGACCGGCUAUAUCAUGUUAUGAGAAUCGUUGAUGCCAAUAAUUUGGAUCAGUCGGAGUUUUCAGAGUCCCUGUUUCUCCCUCAAGAAACGGACAUGGAGGAGAACAUACGUGCAACUUUGGCUGGAAUGGAAUCCAUUUAUGAGUUGACCAGGAUUGUUAUUGAAAAGACAAGGGAUUUAACUGAGGAAAAGAACCGCGAAAUUAAGAGUUUGGAUGAAACAGUGAAUCGGUUAGUUAAAGAGAAAGAACAAAUUGGAUCAUUACUUAGGAGCGCAUUGUCAAAGAGGAUCACAUCAAGUCCAUCUUCUAAAACGAGUGAAUUGUUUCAAGUUGCAGAAAAUGGUUUAAGGGAGGCCGGGAUAGAUUUCAAGUUUAGUAAGCAUGUUGGGGAUGGGAAAGUGGAUACACUUGAGACAGAGGAGGAUGAAAUAUAUGCGUUAGCUGGUGCUUUGGAGAACAUUGUUAAGGCAUCUCAGCUUGAGAUCAUUGACCUGCAGCAUUCUUUGGAGGAAUUAAGGGCAGAGUUGAGUUUACUCAAACAGCAUGUUGAGGCUCAAGCUAAGGAGCUCGACCAUAGAAUGCGUAGAAUUGAGGAACUUGAAGAAAAGGAGAGAGUAGCGAAUGAAAGUGUUGAAGGGCUGAUGAUGGACAUUGCUGCUGCUGAAGAAGAAAUUGCAAGAUGGAAAGCAGCAGCCGAGCAAGAAGCUGCUGCAGGCACAGGUGUAGAACAAGAAUUUCUGGCACAGUUGUCGGCGCUUAAGCUUGAACUUGAGGAGGCAAAGCAGGCGAUUGUGGAAUCAGAGAAGAAACUCAAGUUCAAAGAAGAGACAGCUGAUGCUGCCAUGGCAGCCAGAGAUGCUGCUGAGAAGUCAUUGAAAUUGGCAGACUUGAGGGCAUCCAGGCUCCGGGAUAGAGUAGAGGAGCUUACCCGUCAGCUAGAAGAAUUUGAAAGUCGGGAAGACUCAAGGAGGGGCCUGAGUGGACCUAGAUAUGUAUGCUGGCCAUGGCAGUGGCUUGGGCUGGACUUUGUGGGGGUCAGUCGCUCUGAUAUACAACAAGAGAGUAGUUCAAAUGAAAUGGAGCUCUCUGAACCUCUUCUUUGAUUAACACAUUUCCCCCCCUUCUCUAUACUUCUUAUUUUGUGUAUUUAUUGUGAUCUUUCAAAAUUAGAACAGUAAAAAAGGAAAAAUCGCAUAAUCUUCUAACGCUUCUGCUCUUCAGUUCCCCCUUAUUUUUAGAGAUAAUGUAAUUGAUUGUUUGAUU